AUGUCAACGCACCCAGCGAGUCAUUGGAGCAUCAGUGGUCUGCAGAUGAGCACAGAUGCAGAUGACAGGGGACAGCGUAGUACGAGCACAUCGAGUACGGUCACUCUGACGGACGAACGCGAUACAGCACCUGGGACGCAUCCGUCCGUGCGACAUCACUACGACGAUUAUGACAACGACAGCCCGAUCACGAAGCAGAGGGGCAAGGGACAUGCAGUCACACCGAGUAGAGAACUACUCUUGCCGCCUCGCUCUCCAUCCGUAGACUGCAGUGAUCCUUUCGAUGCAGAAUCGCAGCAAAACGCUCCUUCACGGCUAGGACGAUUAAAAGCAAUAAUAUGGGAUCCCAACGCUGCCUUUCUCAUCAUGGCCUCAUCCCAAGGUCUCUUUGCGACCAUGAACGUCCUCGUCAAGUGGCUUUCGCUCUCUGACGUACGGAUCCCAACCUGGGAGCUCAUCCUGACUCGCAUGUCGGUCACUUGGAUCUGCGGUUACGCCUACAUGCGAUGGAAGGGCGUCGAGUAUCCGCUCACUUGGCCGCCCAAGCUCAGGAAAUGGCUCAUGCUACGAGGUGCUGUUGGCCAAUUCGGUCUGGCGGGGAUGUACUUGUCGCUUCUCUACCUGAGUCUGACGGACGCGACCUCACUGACUUUCCUGUCGCCCUUCCUGACGGGUAUCCUGGCCGCCGUAUUGCUCGGAGAGCCCUAUCUACCCAUAGAAGCGCUAGCGGGACUGAUCUCACUCGGUGGUGUCGUCCUCAUCGCCAAACCUGCCUUUCUCUUCAGCUCAGGAGACCCUGUCGACUCGGAGGAGACUCACAGACGAACGAUUGGCGUCCUCAUCUCCCUCAUGGGCGUCUUGGGCUCAGCCGGCGCCUACACCACGAUUCGCAAGAUGGGCAAGGACUGCCAUCCGCUUCACAGCGUCAAUGCGUUCUCCGUCUUCUGCUGCCUUGGCGCCAUCAUCAUGCACAUGAUCCUGCCUGACGAACCUCUCAUCAUCCCGAAGGAGCCAAUCUUCUAUCUCAUUCUGUUCAGCAUAGGCAUUAUUGGCUUCCUCGCGCAAUUUCUGCUCAACAUUGGGUUGCAGAUGGACAAGUCGACCGGCACAACGCUGCUCGCUUGCUAUCUCCAAGCACCCUACUCGAUCGCCUACCAGACGAUCGUAUUUCGGGAGCCCCUCACGCUCACCUCAUUGGCAGGUUCGGCCAUCAUCAUUGCCUCGGCAGCAUACGUCAUGAUCGUGCGCAAUCGCAACAUGGCCGACAAGGACGAGCCCCCCUCGACAGAAGUCGUUUCUCUCUUGCCUGGCGGGCCAGACAAGGCAGAGCUGUCGCAAGAGCCCGAUGUCCGGACGCCGCAGCAUCAUCAUCAUCAUCAAGAAUACGAACGGGAACACGAACACGAGCGCAGUCCAUGA